GGCUAGAUCCACUAGAGCCCACCCAUCUGGAUGUGAAGAGGGUAGCAGCCAGCAGGCGAGGGAGGAACCAAGGGCGUGCGCCCGCCGCCGGUGCUCAAAUCGCUCGCUCGGCUAGGACUGGCGCUCGGCUCGUCCCUCGCUUUGAGAUGUUCGCUUGGGGACAGGUGGCGGCAAUCCGGACCGUCCUCCAAAUGGAUCGGUCAGCAGCACCGCUGCAUAGAAGUUGGACCGGGAGACUUCCGAGUUCCGAUCCCUCUCCAGCGCCGGAGGAGAUGGCCGUGCCGGUGCCGGCGAAGGCGGCGCGCGCGCUCGCAGUAUCCGCGGCGGCGCUCGUGCUGCUGUGGUGCGUCCACUUCCGCGGCGGUCUCGCUUUCAGCUCCCCCGCCAACAAGGGCCUCAUCUUCAACGUGCAUCCUGUGCUUAUGCUGAUAGGAUUCAUCAUCCUAGGGAGUGAAGCUAUAAUGAGCUACAAAAUAUUGCCAUGGAGUCAUGACACAAAUAAGAUGGUUCACAUGCUUCUUCAUGCCAUUGCGCUCUUUCUGGGCUCUGUCGGGAUAUAUGCUGCCUUCAAGUUCCACAAUGAAAGUGGAAUUGACAAUCUCUACAGUUUGCAUUCCUGGGUUGGACUUGGAACUAUCUGUUUGUACGGUAUACAGUGGCUAUUCGGCUUUGUUACCUUCUUCUUCCCUGGUGCUUCACCAACAGUCCGACGCAGAAUACUCCCCUGGCACAUUCGCUCUGGGCUCGUUGUCUACAUGCUGGCACUGCUCGCGGCGGAGCUGGGGUUCCUGGAGAAGCUCACCUUCCUUCAGGCUGCCGGCCUCGGCAGGUACAGUUCGGAAGCGCUGCUGGUGAACUUCAUCGCGCUUCUCGUCAUCCUGCUGGGCGCUUCUGUUGUGCUGUAUGUAACCGCUCCAAUGCACAACGAUCAUGCACAUGGGUAUUCAGCAGUGCAUAAGCCCUGAACCGGAUGAACCACUGAUCCUACUUCGUCAGUUCCAUUUGCUGAUUCUUGUAGCCAUGAAAUAAAAAAUUUGCCCGCUCAUUGUUUCGCUCAUUUGAAACAUGCCAUUUUAUGUAUUCAAACUGUUGUAUUGUAUAACUAUAUAUGUAUAGCGGGCGUGCUAAUAUACCAAUGUAUACGAAAGAACAAGAGACAAAAUAUAAUUGAAACACGUAAC